AUGGCACAAGACAUUGGCCGUUUUAAUACUGAUCCCAUCAUGAUGCAUCACUCUUCGUCGCAUGCGGCUGAAGACGACAAGCUCUUUUAUCAGACUCAUUUUUAUGACGUUCACAGUGACGACGAUCAAGAUAAAGAAGAGCCGAUGAUCGUGCCACAGAAUCUCGAACCUGAACAGUAUCGAUACGAAUUUCCCCCGAAAUCCCGCUUGCGGGCUCUCGCUUACCUCGAUUACCUCCAGGACGAACAAUCGUUCUUUGAUGAAUCGUCUUUCACCUCGUCCUCAACCGCGGCUUGCUUGUCGGUUGACAUGUGCUCGUUGACCGAUCACAUGAGUGACCUGGACGUCGACGCACGCACCCCGCCCAGUCACAUCCAACAUUGGGAUCAUAAGACUAUCUUUCAAAGCAGCGACGAUGACGAUUACGACGACGAAGAAGAAGAAGAGGAGGAGGAAGAUGACGACGACGAUGUACUUGUGGAUGACGGUCGAUUGUCACCCCUGCAACUUCCUGCACAAGUCAAUCGCCGACCUGUUACGCGCGUUUUAUCGUCUGCUUGCAGCGACCGACAUGCGCGUGAGCUUUCUGGCGAUUCGUCCGAUACCAUCACUUCUCCCGUCGGACCCUCAUCUUUCCUGCAGCCGCUGAAUGAACAUUACCAUCAUGAUCGUCCCGAGUUGUACCACCAUCCUCGGGUUACGCAAACCAGGAAUACAACUCGUCGUCGCCGAGAUCAUGGAAUGCACCAUUCUUCGCGUGUAGAUUCCGAAGAUGUGUUGCCCAUUUUCCGCAAUGACGAUGUCUUGUUGACGGAUGACGAUAGCUGUCAUGACGAUAAUAUCGUGCUUGUGAAACUGAGCAAAGGAAAACUGUCUCCGUGGAUGAAACACCCAACCACCGCUUCGGUCGGCAGCGACGAAGGUUAUGACGACGAAGAGGAUGAUGAACUUCCCAUUGAAUCCGCUUCCGUUUUCUUACCGUUGGACGAUCAAGAAGAAGAAGAAAUUCAAGUCGUGCGCGAAUCGGCCGCAAUCAAGAUUCAGUCGGCGUGGCGUGGCUACUGCGUUCGUCGUCAACCUCAACUGGCUACGGAGAUCGUCAAGAUUUGCGGUAAAGCGCAUCGUCAGUACAUGGUUCGCGUGGAGGAUCGAUUGGUGGACUUGGAACGUCGGUUGCGUGAAGAAACCGCGAUGCGAACGGCGUUUGAAAAGGCCAUGGAAGAUAUGACGGUGCUCAUUGAUCAACAGCAAAAGGUGCUCUACGAUCGUGUCGAACAGGAAGUGGAAAUGCGCCAAGCGUACGAACAAAAGAUGCAGCAUGCCUUGUCACAAAUGCAGCCCCUCGAACAGCGUUUGCGUAAAGAAAUCAAGGCACGAGGCGAACUGGAGACGAUGAUGGCCCGCGUGCUUGAUCAGCUGCAUGACCUCAAAAUGGCCCGCCAGCAACAAGCCAAAGAAGAAGCCGAAGCACGCAAAGUCAUGCAAGCCAAACUGGAUGAAGCUGUCAAGGAAAUCAAUAUUCUCAAACGCCAAACCCCAUCGUCUUCACGUACAUCGUCUUCUACUCGGUCCGUUUCCGCCACGCCCAUGCGAAACCCUGCAUUGUCUUCUCGCCAGUCCGUCGUACCACGAACGCCACAGAAACACACUCCUUCCAUCACAAAUAAACCCAUCACAACCAGAUCAGCCAUGGGAACCACCACCACCACCACCACUACUACCACCGCUGCAACAACAAAAACAACCAAAACGCCAACAUCUACUACCAUCGCUCAUCCCAUGGCUCGUCGUUCCAUUAUUCCACCCACCUCGGCAAGAAAUGUUGCAUCCACUCCCAAGCGACCACUGUCUCGUCGAACCGUGAAUUCUCGACCGCCGCUUAAAAAUUAA